AUUCAGAUGACGAAGAGACCUAAUGAUGAUGACGUCGACUGCAUCGAAGAACCUCCGACUAAAGUGGCUUGCCCAGAUACGAGCGAUAAUGACGACCCCCGACCACUGCCAGCUUCUAUCAUAACAGUCCUUAUCGCUCGAAUUCAACAUCAUCCUUGUAUCUGGGACCACGAUCACGAAUUUUUCGGACAUCGUGAGCAAAUCGAUUCGGCUUGGCGUGCAAUUGCCGAACAAACGGACGUUCAAGAGGACCACGUUCGUAGUCUUUGGAACACCGUCUGGAACUCUUGCUCGCUGUCUGGCGGUAAUCCAAUUUUCAAUCAACUCAACAAGAUGUCAUCGACACAAAAUACUACACCAAAAAGUACAACUGAACCCAAACAGAACCCACCACGAAAGCGGGUAGUUUGUAAGAAAGUUUCCUGGUCACGAUAUGAUUCUGUAAAUAUUUCUGGACAUUUGCUGAUGCUGCCAAGACGAUUCGCUAACUUAGAAAUUAUCGAAGCUGGUCCUAGCCGGAUUGUCUGCUCUGGAGCUGAUCUAUUGACUGAAGAAAAUGUGAUCAUUAGAAAAACGCCAUUGAAGGAUCAAGAACAAACAGCACGGGUCUAUCAUAAUCUAAAAAUGGGACGACUCCUUCCACAUCCUAAUAUAUUAUCAGUUCUCGAUGCUUUUGAAGCUGGUGACAGUCUCUAUACCGUAACCGACAUGAUGGAUGGACGAUUGGCUGACAUCGUCGAUGAGAAUCUCAAUCAUUUUGUCAUAGCAAAAAUUGUCUAUCAGCUGCUAUCGGCUCUAGAACCACUACAUUCAAAUGGAUUCCAUCAUGGGAACAUCACACUUAACUCUGUCUUUAUCAAUACGGAUGCGGUGCUAAAAUUGUCUUCCUAUGGUGACGUAGUUCAAAAUGCUAGUGAGGAAAAGUUUAGAGAAGACAUCACCUCAGUCGGCUCGAUACUUGCACGUUUACUACUUGAAGAAGAGUCUUUCUUGAAAUUAUCAAAAAUCAAGAGUCAUAAUGAUCUGGAAUGGCGAACGAUCCUUCAGGGCAAUGUCGAAUCGGGUCUUGUUGAUUUCCAUGCUCGCAACAUGCUUUAUCUCCUUCUCGGCUCUCCAUGCUCUCUAUCCGAUCUCCUUCGACACCCUUAUAUGCUCACAUUCCGCAAAAAUGCCGGUAAAGUGCCGCUUAUUGAAGCCGAGCAUAAGGAUCUCUCAGCACUCAGUCUCAAUGACGUUCACGGAUUAUUGCGAGAUGAGCUCAAUCGAUACGAGUCACCGAUCUCUAUCCAAGAUGUGCAGUGACAUGUCUUUGUAAUUAUUUGAUUCCAAAAAAUUUGUUUUUGGGAGGCACCUAUCUUUACGGGUAACAAGCACGUUUAGAUGUAAAAUUUCUGUUCUCGUUGUUUUGCUCUGUAAGUAUUCGUUUUUUCUGUUUUUGUAAAUCUUUCAAUGUGAUGGUUUAAUAAACUAUGUGUUUGA